AUGGGGAUCAGGGUGAGGGCGAGCGCCUUCGCUCACCCCAAGUCCCCGCACGUCGCCGCGUUGGACGAGCGACACUUCGUCUCCGCGCUGCAGCUCGUGCUCCCGCGCGGGGGCGGCGACGCCGGCGAUGGGGCGAGCGCGACGGAGGGUUUCGCCGACGUAUCGGACGCGCUUCGACGCCGGGGUGCCGGCGGCGGCGUCGACGGCGCGACCUCGCUCGUGGGACCCGCACCGGACGGCGACGACUUUCGCGUCGCGCGCAUGACCCUCGCGCAGCUCGUCGACGACGCCUUCCUCGCGCAGCACGUCCGCCCGGAGUCGGGCGCGCGAUUCUUCGCGUGCCCGCUGGACGGCAGGCUCGACGCCGACGACGUCGUCGCGAUAACCCCGUCGGGUCACCUGCGCGCGUCGUUCACCCCAUCGACUCACGCGCGCGCGGGCGUCACCGGCGCCAAGACGGACCGCGGGACGCUCAAGCACGAGGCGAGCGUCCACCUCGCGAAGAAAGAGUUUGUCCCCGGCGAGCCCUUUCGCGACAGGCUGGUGGCGUGUCUCGCCAGGCUGGACGAGGAGGGCGACGGGCGCGGCGUCGGUUGGUACGCGUGCGCGUGCGAGAGAGCAACGGACGGCGAGCCCCUGGCGGUCCGAUUCCCGCCCGGCGUCGAGAGCGAGGGGAGGCGAAUAACGCAUUCGCGCAGGCUAGUUCGACGGGGCGGGGAGGACGACGGGGACGGGGAGGGACCGCCGGCUCCCCCCGUCGAGUUCUUCCGUCGCGACCGGGGCGACGAGGCGUGCGCGAUGGACGCCGACGGGGACGGGGACGGGGACGAAAAGUCGGCACCCGGGGACGGGGACGACGGGGACGACUGUGGGGACGUCGCGACGCGCCUCGCGGGUUUUCACGAGUGGAUCGGCGCCGUUGCGGCUGGGGUCGGGCGCGAGGCGUGGGUCGGGACCGCGGGCGACCAGGAGGCGUGGGUCGGGACCGCGGGCGACGACGUCGUCGCCGAGGCGCAUCGGUGGGAGGGGCUGCUCACGCCCAGGAUGGUUCGAAGCGCAGUUGAGUUUUGCGCGGAUGCGGUGGACUCGGGUCGGUAUCCGUGGGCGGCGGUGACGUCGUGGGGGUUUCCGGAAGAUCCAACGAGGGCGCCCGGGGCGAGCGGUUGCGGCGAGCUGACGUUCGCGGUGACGCCCGGGGGUCGGUACCUACUCUUCGCGGACUCGUCGUCGUGA